CAUUCUUCCACUACAACUGCUAAAAAGUCAACGAAGCCUGGGACCAGAAUCAAUACGAGUGCCAAAGCUGUCAAACCAGACUGGAUUGACCAUAUAAAUACUGUUAACCACACAGCCGCCUGCAGGGACCUGCGCAACAAGUAUCCUGAAUGGAACCCAUAUCUGAAAAGCAAAUGCAGAGUGAAAUCUCACAGGCUGCAUGCAAGACAUUCUCCUCAGGAUGAUCGCCAACUUCACUGCACAGGCGAUUCAUCACAUCACAGUGGUGUAGAACACACUUGUGAUGAGCUGGAUAAGCACUCUGCUGACACCAGCUCCAAUGCAUCCUUCUCGAAAUAUGGACUUCAUUCUUCCACUACAACUGUUAAAAAGUCAACGAAGCCUGGGACCAGAAUCAAUACGAGUGCCAAAGCUGUCAAACCACUGUCCAUCCCACCACCUGCCAAAAAGAAAAGGACUUUGGUUCCAGCAUCCCAGGACAACAUAGCAGGCCCUCAAGUGUAUUUGGCUGGGAUUCCACAGGAAGCAUCAGAGCAAGAAGUUACUAAAUUUGUCACGUCUUUUGGCAAGAUCAACAAUGUGGUCUUGAUGCCAAGCUCUGAGGAAGAUAGUGAAAUGGGUGAUGGGCAAAAGACACCAGACCCUACAAUUGAUUCUGUCUGCAGUAACAGUAGACCUACUAUAGACUCAGACAAGAACUCUCAAAAGAAAGACUCUGACCUCUCUACCGAAGUGAGUGAGGUUGACAUGAACACUUCUGUUAAGGGCUUGGUGUUGAUCACAGAAAUUCCUGGUGGUGACUGGUCAGCGAGUGAUGUCCUUAAACUCAUCCAGCCUUUUGGAAAUCUUAUUGACAUUAUCUCUGCUCCAUCAGUUGGAAAGGCUCUUGUGUCUCUGCCAGACUUGAAGACUGCACAAGAGGUUGUUAAAGUUCACACCUCCAUUCCUGCAAAGAUUAAAGACUGUGAAGUGAAGAUGUUCAAUAUCGAAGAGCAAGUUUGCAUUGAUACCCCAGUGGCACUCUACAAUCUACUGAUGCAGUCAUUUCACCCAUUGGAGAAUUCAUCUCCAGUUAGUUGGAGUAGCCUUUUGGUGAUCAAUAAUGUUCCUGACACCCCCACUGGCCCCUCUGAAGUUAAGAAACUAGUUCAGCGUUUUGGGACUGUGGUGAAAACUCUGGAACUUAACAAUGUGGUAAUUUGUGAAAUGGAAACUGGAGCCAUGGCCCUGUCUGUCUACAAACGCUUCCAGAGGUUUCCAUGCAUUGUACAAAACAACCCUUUGUUCUUUUCACGCAAGCCUGACCCCAAAACUAACACACAGACUCAAGUAUUUUCUCCAAACCUACAUUUGCGUGAGGAUAUUUUUGAAAAUGAUGAAGACCGCAAUACAGAUGCAGCUGACCAAGAUAAGAUAGCACAUUCUGUGGAGUUGAGAAAAAAGCACAAUAUAUUAAUGGGCCCUCAAACAGUGCUUAUUGAAGAUGAACUGGCUGGAGAAAAUGGAAGCCUUGUCACUCAGGACCAUUGGAAUGUGCUGUCUGAAUCUGCACUUGAACCAGACAAAAAGACUGACAAAGAGAAUGUAGGAACUACUAUAGCAGUCUCUAAGUCUAACAAGAAAGAUGAAUCAGCAAAUGAGACUAUUUUGCAGACAACUGUAAAUGCAACCGAUUUAGAAAAGAUUCAUGUUGGUCAAUGUGAUUCUACAGAUAUUGCAUUUUCAGAGUUUUCUAAGGAUACUGUAGAGGUGGACAGUGGAGCAGAAACAAAUCACCCUCGAAAUAAAAUGGCAGGCUCUGCAAAUGAAGAAGUUCAUCUGGAGACAGAAGUGGGAAAGGCAGCUUACCAAAUAAAAGAGUCAGGUGGAAACAAAUUAGUUGAUGCAGAGGUUGGUUUAAACACUCGAGAGAGUGAGAAAGUUGACAAAGAGGCAGAAAAGGAGAAGGAAUUUAGGGGGAGAGGGCAAAAAAUUAGGGAGCAGUGGGUCCAGAAGGACUCACAAAGGACCAAGUGGGAUCGGGAGCAAGAGGAAAGAACCAUAAAAGAGAGGAGGGAAAUGGAGAGGAAGAACGAACAUGGAGUUCCGUCCUCAGGACUAUAUGAGUCAUGCAGGUUUGAGACAUAUAAAAGCAACUCAAAUCUGGGUGAACAAAGAAUUCCUAACAAAUCAGAUGCUGAAUUGCCCAAGAUGGAUAGGGUUGAAGAUUUUGAUUCAUUCCCAUUGAACAUGACUGAGUUUGUGACUGUGGAUGAAGUUGGGGAUGUGACUGAUUUGAAUGACUUCCCUCUUCCGCCUUCUCCUGCUGCGUCAGAGAAAACCACAGAGCAAGAGAAGUCACAAACAAAAGUCCCACAGGACACUCAUGAGGUCAGACCUUUGGAUGUGAUCGCGCAGUCUAGAGAGAAGUCUGAUUAUCCUAUAACAGAUUGUCAGCAUCAGCCCAUGAUCAUUGAAGAUUCCAUUACAGAUUUUGGACAUGAGCGUACAAUUUCACCUGGGACCUCUGUCAGUGCAUCAUCAGAUGUGAUUGGCAUGCUGAGUUGCAAAAUUGCAAACCCAUCCACAAAAACUCGGCACGAAUUUUCUCCUGCCGUCCAAAAAGUAGUGCCAACUUGUCAACCAGAAAUAAAUGAGACAGAAAAUAUACUCUCCGCUCCCACAGAAUGUAUAAUCAUGAUUGAGACUCUUCCAACACCACCUAUUUCAAGUAAAACAGUCAUUGAUGACUCACUAUCAGAUCAACACACUAUGAAGGUGAAAAUAACUUCAGGAAAUAUUACUGCAGAAGAAAGGAAAGACAAAGCAACAGCUGUGGUUAAGAGCCCUUUAAAUGAAGCGCAGACCGUAAUGGAAAAUGUGCAAACGAGAGAGGGCACAUGGAUGAGCUUUUCUUCUGCUGAGCCAGGGAGACACAUGAUGUCUGACAUUCCAAAAGUCACUGAAAAGAAGAGUGAGGAUAAGCCAAGAACAGAAACUCCCAUGGCCACAGACAAAACUGUCCAUUUUGAUCCGAGCAUACCAGUUGGUAUGGAAUUCUUGGUUCCUAAAACAGGCUUCUUCUGCAAAGCGUGUAACCGUUUUUUCAGUGGAAGUAAAGACUCACAGAUCACCCAUUGCAAAAGCUUCAAGCACUUUGAAAACGUGCAAAAAUACUUGAUGACAAAAAGAACAAAAGGUCAAUUGUAUUGAAAGCUGCUUGAAUGACAUGUCAUUCUUUUAAUUUGAGUUCAUUUUUCUUUGUUGUCUUGGGAAACAAAGGCACUCCAAAAUGCUUAACCCCCAGUCCACAGCUUCUGUAAAUGUUUCAUGUUUCACUCAACAGAUAACAGUUGUCAACGCAUCAUGUGACUUUCAGAAGAUUAACCCAUUUUGAAUGGACAAAUAAAAUAAAAUGUAUUAUUACAAAACAAAUUGGCGGGGGUAAAUUAAGAUAAAUGAUUUCAGGAAAACAUUGUUGCCAAAACAGCAGUUGCUUUGGUAAUGGUGUGCUCUGAUUUUACACCUUUGCAGAACAUAUGGUCUGGGUAUGAAGGAAAAUGGUUGCCUUAACGGAAUUCCAAGCUCCUCUAUACCUGCAUGAUUUGUGUUCAUUUAUGUUUCUGUGAAGUUGAGUUGUCUAGUUGAUUGUAAUUUGAAAUAGAUAUAAGUAGACUUGUUCGAUUUAUUGUUUCUUUGUACUGUCUUGGUUUGACUGAAAUGCACACUGAUUCCUGAUCAAGGAACAUAGUGAAACUAACAUUAAGAGGCAAGAAAUAACACAUGCAAAAUGAACUAUCAUUUUUUCAGCUUUUUCAAUAUAUUGUACUAAUGUACCUUGCAACCAAUUGUACUGUGCAUUAAAGAAACUUUAGUGAA